AUGUCGCAAUGUCCCGAGAUGUCAGUUCUAUCAACGUCUCCGAUUCUCCUAUGCUCGCUCACGUUCAAUUUAACAAUUUGUUUGGCGGCGUUGCCAAUUUUGAUAUGGGCCAACUACAAAUUAUGGUCCAUGUCAUUCUCAAAACUAUUCCAUUUGAAUUUCCGCCUAGUCGCUCAAGUCAACCUAUUCGGCUUCAUUAUUCACUGCACCGGUCGCUCAAUUCUCCACACCAUCGAUUUGAUCAAUUACAUGACAUUAGAGCCAUGCGAUAUGGUCCCAAAUAUUUAUAGGUGUUUUGUUCUUCGAUUCAUGUAUAAUUGUGGAAUUUGGCUAACAACGGCAUCCAUAAUUCCAUAUAUAGUCGAAAGAUGGCUGGCUACCACAUGGAGCAAAUCCUAUGAGCACUCCUCGAAACAUUUUGGCAUUCUUUUAAUGUCCAUAGCUUCCAUUCCAUUAAGCUUCCUCUAUUACGGAACUCGAUUUGAAGGGGUUAAAAUGUAUUACUGUGUAGUUGUCCAAUCAGGAUCCCCUCGUCUUGCUCAAGUGAGUGCCAUAUUAGGAAUCGUUGCUCAAGCGAUUUCCCGAAUCGCAUUUUCAUAUUUGCUAAUGAAAAACAAGAAUCUUCGUCGGAAUCUCUCACUUUCACUAUCAAAUCGUUAUCAAAUUGAGCAAAAUGUCAGCUCAAUGCGUUGCCUGAAAGUUCUUGCCAAUAUCAAUACGAUCUAUCUAAUAAUCCAAAACGCCGGAUUUUUUUGGUUGUUGUGUUUCGCCGCGAAAAUCCCUCCUCAAAAUUAUUACGCUCUUUCAGAAAUGAACGCCACUUACCCGCUCUUCUCAAUUCUCACUGUUCUCAUAAUGUCAAAAACAGUCAAUCGGGUUCGAAGUAACACUCGCAAAAAUCUUGAUGCACAUCUCAAAACUGACAACGAAGUCUACUUCAAGAUUCUAAAGAAGCAAUUAAACUAA